UAACCAAAUAGAUACUAUCAAACUCAAAGGAGUGUGACUCAUAUCAUCCUCAUUAUACGUUUUGCCAACUCCAGCGUUGACAACUCUGCUCUAUCCAUAUAUACACUAAAAUCAAACAGAUCUCAGCAGAAUUAUCCUUCCUCUUCUCUUUUCACAAUAUUCUUCCUAAGGGUGGUUGCUGUUAGUUUGGAAGUCCAAUGGCGAUUGGUAUGAAGCAGAUGUCCAUAAUAAUAGCAACCCUUGGUGUUUUAUCCUUUGUAUUUGGAGUUAUUGCUGAAAACAAGAAGCCUGCAGCUGGGACUGCAAUACCAGGAAAAGGUGUUGUUAUUUGUAAAUACAAGUCUGACCCUAUUGUUGCCUUGGGCUAUUUGUCUUUUGCUCUUCUUGUUGCAUCUUCUGUGGCCGGUUUCCUGUCAUUAUUUUAUCCGUAUCAAGGGAAGUCAAUCCCACAAGCUGCUUUGCUGAAAAACACUAGUUUUGUUGUGUUCCUCAACAUCGCAUUGGGCACAACUGGUUUAGCAGCAGCAUUAUUAUUGUGGCCUACAAUCUCCGAGCAACUUCAUAUCUCUCGCAACAUCCAUCACAACUUGCAAACCGAUUGCCCAACAGCCAAGACCGGUCUUCUUGGUGGAGGCGCCUUUUUGUCUCUUGAUUCUGCGCUCUUCUGGUUGGUGGCUUUGAUGUUAGCUGAUAAUGCUCGCGAGGAUUAUUUCCAAGACGCAGAUGUUAAGGGCGAGCUGAAAGCAAGUUAUGUAGAUGAUGAAGUUAUCAAGAGCAGUGCUUAAGAAGAUUGUUCUCUACUUUCUAUUUUGUCAUUCUGAUGUUGCCAAUAUGGAACUGUUAGUACAAAGCUUAUGUAAAAAACAUGAUUUCCUGUCUUUCUAAUUAUAAAUAUCAUUAUGGAUUCCUUUAUUAAAAUUGAUA